AAAAUAUGAUUUUGUAAAAAUUGCAAACAGUAUAACGCAACUUCGCAAGUGAUAUUAUUAACACACAUAAACGAUUUCUCAUUCAGUCACAGUAAUGACUUGUGCUUGCAAGGGUAUAAGAACUUGCCCCAUAUGUGAAUCCAGGGGUAAAAGUCAGAUUUUCAACAAUGACAACACUGAUGUGGAUGUGUAUUUAUACUGUCCAUCAUGUCAAAAGGGUUGGUUAGAAGGAAAGACGUGCCACCCAAACCACAUUGGUACAAGCAUAGAGUUUCCAGGCAUCUUCAUAAAGCAAGACUUUGUAUCUGAAACAGAAGAAGCAAAUAUUUCCAGCAAGAUAUAUCAGACUCCAUUUGUAGAAUCGCAGUCAGGUAGAAGAAAACAGGACUUUGGACCUAAAGUCAACUUCAAGAAAAAGAAACUAAAAUGUGGAAAUUUUUGUGGAUUACCAGAAUUUAGCAAAGAUCUUCAUGACAGGAUGUUGAAACUCGAUAUUCUGACAGACUUUGUCCCUGUAGAACAGUGUCACUUGGAGUAUUCCCCUGAAAGAGGUUCAUCAAUUGACCCUCAUUUUGAUGAUUUCUGGGUGUGGGGAGAGCGUCUUGUCACCCUAAACUUACUUUCUGACACAGUUCUCUACUUUGUUAGUGACGAACAUCCAAAUGUGGAAGUCCAAGUCCCAAUGUUCCAAAGGUCUUUAAUAGUGGUGUACGGGGCAGCCAGAGACAAGUGGAAGCAUGGUAUACACAGGGCAGAUGUCAAGAAGACUCGGCUAGCGGUCACUUUGAGAGAGCUCUCUCCAGAGUUUAGUAAGGGUGGAAAGAAAUGGGAUGAAGGAAAAAUCUUAUUGGAUAUAGCUCUGACCUUUAAGGGACAAGCUGUUGGCACUACUACUAAUGCAAGAUAAUGCUGUUAUCUUUUUAAUUACAGAUAAUUAUAUCAAUACCCAUAUUUUAUAAUGUGUAUUUGCUAUUGUAUUUAUUUAAUUUGCUUGUUGAUGUGUACAACUUAUGUGUGUGAAUAUAGUGAUUGACCAUU